UUUCGGCUUGUUUUGUUUUGUCUUCGGUAUGCGUACCUGUUUGUAAACGAUUUUAUUCCCUGUUUCGUCUGUUAUUUCACCGGAAACUUCGAGCGAUGCCUUUCCGGAGUAGUAAUCGUUCAGCAGCACUCCGAAGUGAGAACCUGAGUGCGGCAUUGCAGCAACGCUGGACAAGGAAACGGGAGGAGCAAUUUGCCAAGAAGGAUUUUUCGAAAAGAACUAAAUCUGACAUCGAUAAUGUACGACGAUCGUCCUCAGACGAAAUCGAUAUUAAACCGAUGUUAUCGUUGGACUUUGAAUCUAGUACAACACCGCGCACUUCUCCGAUCGCUCCUUCGGCAAGGAUAGUCAACAUGGAGAAACCGGUUCAACCAAAACCAAUCAAACCACAGUACAGUGCGCCAGUCAGCCAAAGUUUCCAAACGAAAAAGCGCAAAAGGAUCUCGAUGACCGAUCGCAUACUGGUGAUCACCAAGCAAACGGAACGUGGAACCAAAUGUGACGCGGUAGACAACUGCAACUACACACAGGCGCCGGGUCUGUUUCGGCCGGGAAACUUUUUUCGACACGUCCGAGCAAACCACCCGGAAGUAUACAACAAACUGCUGAUGGACGAUGAAUUAACUGACGGUAGGCCGGAAUUUUACACACGAAAAACAACGACCCGCCGUACGCCGAACAACAUCGGCGAAUCGGUGGUGGUUCGGUUCAGCAAACACCGCUUUCUGUGUGGUCUGAUCAAACUGAUCACCAACCAUAACCUGCCGUUCGAGUAUGUCACCUGGGAGGGCAUCCAGGAUCUGAUCGGGUUGCAGUGCGAUGCUUUCAAAAUGACGAUAUCGCCCGAUACACUGCAGGAUUAUGUCGGAUUGAUCUCCGAAAGGAUGCAAACGGCGAUAUCGGAAGAACUUUGCGGUCGGUUCGUUGCGCUUCAGUUGAAUGUCAAAAUUGAACAGAACGGUCAGAGUGCCGUUUGCGUCAAGUGUCAGUAUAUACGAAACUGUCAGUUCUUCACACGCAUGUUGGGAAUGAUCCACCUGUCACAGGGUAGUUCCAUGUCUGAUUUGGAUGCAAAUGUUGAAAAAAUCAAAUCCAAAUAUGGUUUAGAUCCGUGGCAAAUUUACACCGUCGCCGUUGAUUACGAUCCGAUAGAUUUCGGUGGUGUUGAGAUUGGCGUGGCAGAAUCUAUACAGCUGGAUGAAGUGCAGGAUAAUUCCACUCACGACAUCUUCGAUCAGUACGUUUCAUCUUUGAAAGAUUUUUCGGUACUUCCGUGCGGGCGGCACAUGCUCAGCUUGGUUGCGACUAAUGCCACCAAGGACUUUGUGGACACCAUCAACGAACUGGUGGACAUGGUAAAGCGUUUUCAGAAUCCAGAAUAUGAAAUAUUCUUUCAGUUGAACGAGGUGAACUAUCCGCCAGUUCCCGCUAAGAAGCACUAUGGUUUCGGGGUUUAUUUUAUGAUGAAAUCUAUGAAGGAAUCUCGUCCUUCGAUGGAACAGCUGACCGCGGAUCACCCGGAACUCGCCUUAUAUAUGCAUUGGGAUUUUAUUGAAGAGUUCGUAAGUGCAUACGAACCGAUCUAUGACUGUGCCGUACGAACUACUAACUGUAGUUUGAGUGAGUUCCAUCUCCAAUGGUUGCUUGCCUUCGGAAGGAUUCGCUGUUUGAGGGUGAACCGAUUCGGUAAAGCUUUGUUGGAAGCAAUGGAAUGUCAACAGAAGGAACUGGAAAAGGCGGCUCCUUACCGCGCUGCUCUGUAUCUUGAUCCAAGACUCAAUUUCCGAGGGUCGAAGCUGUUCACCGUUACAGAGAAGGAAAAAAUUAUUGCAUUCCUUAUGUCAAUCUACAACAUGUCGGAAAACACACCGGCGGACACAAAGACGACACCGACUCCGUCGGUGGCCGGUUCUUCGUCUGAGUCAACCUUCAGCAUGAAUGCUUACCUGACCGAGAUGCUGGGCGAAGGCUCGUCCGAUUCUUCGAUGGAGCAGGUAAUCCGCGAGAUCCAGCAUCAGGAGCGAUGGGAUGCUGACGACCAGGAGUUUGACAUAAUUAAAUAUUGGCUACAGAAGAAAAUGCACGACGCCCGACUGUGGCCCCUGGCGGUAGCCGUUUUUGCUCCCCCGGCAUCACAUUGCACUAGCGAAGAAGACUUCAGCCACGUGGGCGGUAGUUUCGACACGACGGAUGCAUCUCUCAGUGAUGAAAUCCUGUGUGUAAAGUACAAUUCCGGUCUGAUGGAACGAGCCGUGCGGGAGGAGUUUUGUGAGGGGAAACACUGUCAGUCGGAGAGCGACCAUGAAUAGUUUGUUUAAUGCACCUGACGCCCUGGAAGAUUGUGACGAUAUAAUUAAAGCAUUUCAUAUAUUAUCCAA